UGCCGUUAAAAUGUGGAGAUCUCCCUGGCUGAGAGGGGCUCCAAGGAGGCAGUGGCAGCGCGAGGCCCAGGGAGAGCAGCAUGGACAGGCCCGUGGCAGCGUGGUGAAGCAUGAACAUCCGGAGUGCCCAGGACCACGGGCAGGCCAGUGACAACCCCAGUGGUGGUGGUGGUGGUGGUGGUGGCAGUGGUGGUGGUGAGAGAGAACGAAUCCGAAGGCGAAUGAAAAUGGUCAUCGGGCAGCUGGAGGGCAUCCUGCAGGAGCUCAAGGAGGUGGCCAAAGAGCUGAGAGAGGUGGUGAGCCAGAUAGACAAGCUGACCUCCGAUUUUGACUUUGAGCUCGAGCCUGACGAUUGGACAACAGCCACGGUCAGCAGCACAUCUAGCAGUGAGAAAGGCGGCGGAAGCGGCCCCUUCGACCUGACCCACCUGGAUUUCAUGACCUCAGACAUCCUCUCUGACAGCUGGGAAUUCUGCUCUUUCUUGGACAUCUCAACCCCUUCAGACUCAGGCGAGGUCCCUGAGCCAGCCCGACAGCCUCCCACCCCUGACUACAGGUUGAUGAAUGGAGGCGUGCUUAUCCCCAAUGGGCCCCGUGUUGAGACUCCUGACUCUUCUAGUGAGGAAGCCUUCAGUUCUUGUCCCCCUGAACCCCCCAAGGGUCAGCAGGCCCAUCGGACCCCGGGCACCAGGGAGCGGGUGCGUUUCAGUGACAAGGUGCUCUAUCAUGCCCUCUGCUGUGAUGAUGAGGAAGGAGAGGGGGAAGAAGAAGAGAAAGAGGAUAGGGGAGCCCCAUCCCCCAACCCCCCCCAGACAGAGCCGCAUGUGGCACCCCUCAAACCUCCCCUGGCAUCCUGCAAGCCACGGAGGUCUCCCCUCACAAGCCGGAAUGGGAGUCAUAUCCCUACACUCACCCCAGGGUCAGGGCAGACCCGAAGGGUCACACGGAACACCAGCACCCAAACGGUGUCGGACAAAAGUACCCAGACUGUCCUGCCGUAUGCAGCAACCAGGCAGAAAGUCAAAGGGAAAAACUGAGAGGAGCAAAAGGGAUGGGGGUGGGGAUGGGGUGGGCAGGUGGGGAAAUAGAUACACAUAUAUAUUUAAACAAAUCCAAUCAUAAUAAAACAAAAAACAAAAAUGGUAAGGAAAAGGUCAUAAGAACUCCCCAAACUUGUCAUCCAGACAGGGCUAGCCUUACCUAUAGGCAGAGUGGGUGGUUGCCUACAGGGUCUGACAUGAGCACCUUAGCAAAAAACCACCCCCAGCCUGCCACAGUGCCUGAAAUGUCCCCAUUAGAGCUACCUCGAUUUGGGUCGAGCAUUGCUCCUCUCUUACACUGAAUACCUCCAUGGGAGGGGGAGUCUUCAGUCCCUCCUACCUCAGGGGGAAUUACUUUGUUUGAUGUUUUAAUCUGGAGCAAGAGACAAUGCUAGCUCAAGAACUGUGGUACAAAUAGGAGAAGAUGGGAUGCAGACGCUGGAAAGGAUCAGAGCCAGGGCCCAGACACAGCUUUUUCCAACUUCCCAGUUUCACCAUCUGUUAACAAAGUAGGGCUGUGGUUCCUUACCCGCAGCUGGUAGGGUCAAGAUGGCUACACAACCCCUGGAUCCUACUGAGAAUGCCCCUUAGAUUUGGGGUGAUAUUGGAGCCACCCUUCUCAUGGGUUAUCGAUUUCAAGCUUAAAGGGACUCAUCAUUACUUAAUAUUUGUAUUUAAUUCCAAACCGUCAUUUUACAGAUGAGGUAACUGAGGCCCAAGGUCACAGCUACUUUAGUGGCAGGGCUGGGAGGAACUCAAACUCCUAAGUCCAGCGAUCUUUCUACUAAACCCCUUCAACUUCAA